AUGAGUGAAGUAAUUUUUCGGCUGCAAGAAAAUCCCCAACGCCGCUCGACCGUCGCCGCCGCCUCCCGCCAUUCGCCGGAGUUCGCGUCGCCGCCGCCGCUCGCCCCGCGCGACCGCACGCCCUCCCACGCCGAGCCGCUCGUCUCUAUCCGCCAAGCCUCCCGACCAUCGCCGCUCCAAGCCGCUUGCUGUCCGUCGCCGCCGAAGCCCCCUGUCGCCACCGUCCGUCAUCGUGAGCUGCCGUUCGAAGCCCUAGCUUCCUCCGCCGGUCUUUCUCCGUUGUUUCUCGUCCGUUCGCCGCCGUUUCGCCACCCUUUCAAGCUCGGUUUGUCGUCGACGUCGUCGUGCUCUUUGCCGGAGACCCGUCGAAAGCGAUUCUGGACCGUAGAUGGCGAGACCCCGGAGAUGAGUGGCCUGCCGACGGAGAUUGACCGGACGACGGAGAGUGCUCCCCGACCCGGGAGUCCUUGGGUCUAUCAGCAUUACCAUCCUUCAAGAGUGCUUACCAGUGUUUAUCAACCAUUCGCAAUUGGGACGAUGGCUAUCUUAACGUACCACAAAUCCAAAGUGGAUACGAGGAAGAGGAAUAUAAUUGGAUACAUGCUUUUCACUCUAAGUACACUCCUUCUCUUAGUUUUGGACUUAGCGACUUCGGGGAAAGGGGAGUUUGCUUAUUUAGGUAUAUGUGUGCUCGUUGCCAGCUUUGGAGUGACCGAUGCUCAUGUUCGGGGUGGUAUGAGUGAUCUGUCUUUCAUGUGUCCUGAAUUCAUGCAGGUGGUCGUUUUUGCUGGAAUAGCUGCAUCGGGAGCUCUAACAUCCGGUAUGAGGCUGAUCACGAAAGCAGCCUUUGACAAGGCUCAUGAUGGACUUCGCAAGGGAGCUAGUAUUGCUGUUUCGGCAAUCUCCACAUUCUUCGAGUUCAUCCGUAUCAUUAUGUAUGCGACUUGGUUUGCUAAGAUUCCAAUUGUGAAGCACUACCGCUCGAAGGCAGUCGAAGGUUCCAAAACUGUCUCAACUGAUCUUGCUGCCGCUGGAAUCCAAACACAGUAUGGAGACUCUAAAGAAGAUCGACCGAGCAACAAACAACUAUUGCUUCAUAACAUAGAUUAUGCCAUUGAUCUAUAUCUUAUAUAUGUUUUGACACUAACAAUCUUCCCGGGCUUUCUCUAUGAGAAUACCGGAACACACCGUUUGUGUACUUGCUACAAUCUUGCUUCACUAGUUCUGUGGUGUACGCGCUCGUAACAUUCGAUUGCUAUGUACAAUGUAUGGGAUCUCAUAUCUCUAUGUACAAUGUAUGGGUACAUUCCCCUCAUUGGCUGGCUCAAGUUAGAGUCCCGAAAGGGCCUCUUGAUCGUGAUUCUCGCCCGUUUCUUGCUUGUCCCCGCAUUCUACUUCACGGCAAAGUAUGGCGAUCAAGGGUGGAUGAUAAUGCUCGUUUCCUUCUUGGGCUUGAGCAAAGGAUAUCUCACUGCUCGUGUUAUGAUAGUAGCACCCAAAGGCUACAAGGGACCAGAGCAAAAUGCCUUGGGCAACUUGCUUGUGCUUUUUAUCUUGGGUGGGUUAUUUUCGGGAGUUUCUUUGGGCUGGGCAGUGGAUCAUACACAACGACAAGUUCUAGUGAGCAGCACUAUGGUAGGGAGUUAUUGUCCCAUUCGCAGAUAUUGA